AUGGCGUCCACAUUAGACUCGCUCCAGCCCGACACAGCCAAAGUGAGCGAGGACUUGGAGCGGCUUCGCGGAUUUGUGCUUCAGGCCAGCAAGGACAAUGAAAUAGCCACGGUGGCAGAGAUGCUCUGUGAGCAGCAUAACAUUGAAGUGUCGCUACUCCAAGACGGCCAAUUGCUCCCAGAACGCGAGUUGGCGGAGCUCCUGGAGAGGUUUGGAUCUGAUGCAGGGAACAUCAACGACGAAGACUACGCGUCUGGGAAGUUGCCGGACAUCGACAUUGAAGUCCUUGAGGCCAACGGGCGAUGGACAUCGCUGAGGACAAUCAGUGAGAAGGUGUCGACUGGCCGGUCUGAUCAGGCUGCAGCAGCCUUUGUGCCCAGCGUCAAAUUUCAUGAAUUACCGUUCCAGCGGUUUGAGAAGACAGUCUUUGGCGACAACUCGACCGGGGCGCAGCUGCUAAAGCAGGACCCGAGGGGCAUCCAGCAUGUGCAAGAGGACAUGCAACGCCUUGUUCUCGAGAUCCAGAAGGCGACAAACUCCCCGCGCCCAAUGGAUCCCGCAGCUCUAUAUGUGUAUCUGUGCAGUUUCUCCCGGAACCAUCACAACAGCACGCGACGCACACUCCCAAAGCCUGGAGCUGGCUCUUCGCUAGGGUUUGAUUUCGGCAGCCACAUCCUUAUCGACAAGAACGACAUGUCUGCCUCGACGGUGCUCCGCAUGCUCCUGUUCUCAGUGGCCAAUGGCUUCGCGGGGCUUGAUGCCAUCCCGGCCGAGAGCAUCAUCUCGCAUCUCCGCCAGCAGGCCCAUGCGACCUCUCUGUUGCGCAACAUCCUCAAGCUGCCCGGGCACAUCCCUCGGGCACUGGCGGACAACCUCCUCAAGGCUGCCGUUGCGGCAAAGGACGUGCCGGUCGCCAAGAUGCUGCUCGAGCUGAGACCCAAGUCCACGUCCCCCUCGGCUUCUGCAUCUAUCAACGAUAUCCGCGCGCGUACUUCAAUGUCAUCCAAAAACGCCGGCCCCAGGCCCGCCCCCAAGACACUGCUUGAGCAAGCUGCUCGGAGCCGUGACGCAGACAUGAUUGCCCUCCUCCUGUCUCACGGUGCAGAUCCGAAUCAACGCUUCUCUCCUCCCGCUACCACAACCGACAGCUACGACUACAAUCCCGGCCCCAGCAAGGGACCCCUAGCCGUGAUCGUGGGCGGGAACCCAGCCAUCGGCAGGAGCAUGGGUCUUGGGUCGGACCGCAAGAAAGAAGAUGGGUACGCACCGGCGAAGCUCCUCCUAGAUGCAGGAUGUACUUUCGACCCGGCGAUCGUGGACUACGCGAUCCAGCGACGAGAGAUGGAGCUCGCGUUCCUGCUGGCGCUGCACGUCUCGCCAAAAAUGCACCGGACCAUGAUCAGUCGCGGCGGAAUGCUGGUCAAACUUGUACGGUAUGCGAGAAGGGAGAUCGACGCCCUUGAGAUUGUAGAGCGUUUCCACUACAUGUGCAGCGGUGGUGGUCAUGGCGCCGAAGGGAGCGCCAGUGAGGCAGGGCAAGCGGCUCCAUGCGGCGAGUGUCCCUCCCGCUACGGCGACUCGACACUGACCUGGGUGGUCGUCGAGUCGUGCCGGCGGCGCUUCCUUAGCCUUGUCGACUUCUUCACCAAGAAGCACCGCGAGACGUACGCGCCGCACAUUCGCUGGGACAUGGCGCUCAGCGCAGCCUUCCGGACCCGGGACAGUGCCAUCAUCGACCGCAUCCUCGCCAUGGAGCCGGACAUUGCAAAGUGCAAGAAGCACACCAUCGACCGCCAUACAGACGACUUUGACGGCAGGCUCUCGAUGGAGCGGUACUCGACGCCCCUGAGUGAGGCCAUUGAAAGCGGGCUGACGGCAGACUCUCCGUACGGGGCCGACUACGCGUCCGUAUGCGAGGCCAGGGGCGCUCUGGAGGCCCUCAAGAAGGACGCAGACCACCGGAGGUGUGCACUUCAGGGCGCAGCAUCGAUCGGCAACGUCGCGUACCUCGACAAGAUCCUAGACGUCUGCAAGAAGAAGAUCAAGCCAGCGGACAUGACAGACGCCAUGGCGAUGGCCAUCUUGGCCGGGCACGACGAUGCCUUCUACACGCUUUACAGGGCCGGCGGGGACAUGACGCGGCGGACAUCCCACUCACCCUGCGCGCCGGACCCCAUGUUCGCAGCCAUCUUGCGACGCAACCUGCCCGUCGCACGCGUGAUCCUCGCGUCCGGCGGAGGAGGCGGGAGCAACCUGUCUGACCGGUAUUUGCACUCGUUCGACUUUGCCCGGAGAGACUACUCUCACCCCUGGCAGAGCGACGAGGAGGAUCCCGGCUCGAGCGACCACCCGAGGAACACGUCGAGCGACAUCCUGGACCAGGCGAUCCUCUGGGGCCGGCGGGACAUCAUCAUCGGCGUCAAGACGCUGCGGCCCAUGCAGUGCCUGACGUUCCCGAGCACGCGCGUGCAGGUCUACCUCCGGGCGAACCACGACAUGCUGGACUUCCUGGUUGCCGAGCACCUCAUCAACACGGAUGGCCUGAAGCGCUGUCUCGAGCACGCAUUCUUCACGCAGGACGAAGCGUUCCUGGACAAGCUCCUGGCCGCGGGGGCGGACGGGGCGAGCGAGGCGGUGUUAACCGCGGGGAUCAAGGCGCCGAAGCUGCUGCGGCGGGUGCUCGAGGACGUCAGCGAUGGGCGGCGGCCACGGCCACAGAAGCCCGGCUUCGGUAUCGAGGCACUCAUCGGGGCGAUCCGCAUGGAGGACCGCGCUGUGCUCGAGGCCAGGCCGCACAAUGCCAUGCGGAUCUUUGAGCCCACCGAGAGCGCGCUCGUCAAUGGCAGGCAGGUCGGCAGGGAGGCAGUCGCGGUGCUGCUCGACUCUGGACUGGUUGACGUGCGGUGCGGGCGGUACUCGAAUUCACCGAUGAAGGAGGCCAUCGACGUCUACCAGAAGCGGAUCAAGGAGAAGGGGGGCCAGCCACAAGAUGGUGCGGGUGCGGGUGUUGUAGACGUUCAGGGACUUGGGGCCGAGAUUCCUCCCAACGGCGCCGCAGGCCAAAGGCACAACGCCGACGACGACGACUACGACGAGCUCGAGAUUAUCCGCGCCCUCCUCGCCCGCGGGUGCCACCCGGACGACCCCUCUCGCGGAUGGAGAGGCGACAGUGUAGAGACUUCGUUCUUACACGCGAUUGGUGCAAGGGAUCCCGCUCUCGUCCAGCUGAUGCUUGAGCACGGGGCGACGAUCAACUACCCUCCUGCCUCUGUCCUCACCGGCGAUGGAGCCGACGAGGACGCCAUCGACGACGACCCUGCAUCGUGGAGCAGGCUAAACUUCUUCUCCGGGUUGUCCCGCACACCCUUGCAGAGGGCCGUCGAGGAGAACAGCGCGGUGAUUGUGGACAUGCUGCUCAACCCGGACAAGUACACCAACUCGUCCUCGUCCUCGCUACCCACAUCACGCGCCUGGGAGCCGGCAGACGCCAACGCGCCCGCGUCACACCGCGGCGGAGCCACGGCCCUGCAGAUCGCCGCCGCGCAGGGCAACUGCGGGAUCGCGGCGACGCUGCUGGCCCACGGGGCCGACAUCAACGCCGGCCCCGCAAAGGUGCUGGGCAAGUCUGCUCUCCUCGGCGCAGCGGAGAACGGGAGACUGGAAAUGGUGGAUUUUCUGUACGCGAAUGGGUACGUCUUUGAGUGGGAAGGGUGCAAGGAAGCGUACAAGGCGGCAAAGCUCAAUGGUGAGAUGGCAUGCGCGGCAAGAAUCAGGGAGAUCUUGGAGGAGGUUGAGGCUGGUGUCGGUGGUGAUGACGAAGAGGGCGUGGAAGAGGUGGCCAGGGAGAGCAGGCUUUGAACCAAGUCGAACUCGGCCGACCGGACGACCGGGUGGCAGCCGCGGAAGAUUCAAGUUGGUUGCGUUCAAGCAUCAGUCUUGCCGGGGCUCGCGGUCGUGUACUUCAACAGCCGUUGCACAUAGAUUCCUAGACUGUCAGAUUUCCUGUACUCAAUUAGGAUCCGCUGAAUAAUUAGUGAAUGAAAAUGUUGUUGGCUGAGGCCGAGGUUGGCCUAGUCGGCUGACCAAGCG